UUUGCCGGCUCAGACCAGGAGACUCGCGAUAUCCUGGAAUCGAGCUCUCAUCAGUGGUCAUUCCAACCUGGGCUUUUUUUUCACCGAAACCCUUCCCCUUAUCACACGGCUCUCGAUGCGCAGGUCCAGAUCAUUCGGGCCUACUUGCAUGCUAAGGGCGAUGACGCUUAGUCUCGCAUGAAGCAGCGGCUUGCUUGCCUGGUACUUGUUGAGCUCCGUGAUCUCAUCGGUCGACCCUCCGUGGAGACCACCGCCGCAAUCUUGUGCAGCACAGGUAUCUUGGCGGCAUCGUUCGAUCAUGCGGUCAAGACCACCUCGACUAUGAUCGACGCGGGGCACCGAUAUAUCAAUAUGGAGAAAAAUAUAGCACGUGGACUCGCUCUAGUUGUUGGUACAAAUCUGCGAGAGUAUUGUUGGAUCAAGUAUAAAAGUGGUCCUGUAUUUGACGCGAUCAAGACGCGUCUCCAGCAAGAUGAUAUCGCUGCUUUGGCCCUGACAUACCAUUAUCUUCAGGAGAGGAUCACCCGCGCUGAAAUCGACCGGCUCUACCAAAGUUUUGUGGCUCAAGAUACAGCAUGGCCCCAAACUGAAAUGCUGCUUUCACCUCUGCCACUGUUUCACGAGGGAGCAAGGGAUCUUUUCGGCUAGCGCUAUCAUCCGAGCAGUUCUGGCGCAGCUGGUGCAAUACAGGACAUGGGACCGUCAUGACCGUUGGCCCACUUCGUCAAUGUUAACUCAGCGCCAGCUAAACUAGAC